GUAGCAUCGUUCUUCGUAAUUCGUGAAAAAUAGUUAGCGGCAAUUUUAACUGGAAAACAUUUCAAAGCACAUUGAAUUGAAGCAAAAUAGUGCCUACAGGUGCGUCGUUGGGAAAUUGUAAAACCGUGGUUUUAUUCUGAUUAUUUUGCGCAACGACAGUGCUGCAAAGAAAUCAACAACGAUGAGUCUGUCGGAAUCUUCCGCUCUGGUAGACUCGCUGGAGUUUGCCGGCACCAUGCUGGAGCGACACGACAUAGCGGACUGUUCCACUCCCGGAUUGCUGGAGGUAACCGGAAUCAAACAAUCUGGAAUGGCGACCGCUAGUGGAUUGAACGACUACGACUAUCAAAAUUUGUCCAGUUUGUCGCUGGGCCUAAAGAAUCUGAACCAGCUUGCAACCACGAACAAAAUUCCCAUUCCCCCGGAAAUAAUGGAACAUUUCAAGCAUAUAAAAUGUCACUGUAUGAUGGGGCUUUUCCCGGAAAUUGGUCGAGCCUGGUUAACUAUCGAUUCCGACAUUUAUAUCUGGACCUACGAGCAUACCAGGGAUGUGGCAUAUUUUGACGGUCUCACCCAUUUGAUUGUCAGCGUUGGUUUGGUAGUUCCCAAGCCGGGAGUGUUUAUAUCCGACGUGAAGUAUCUGCUGGUGCUGACCACUCCAAUUGAAAUAGUCAUCCUGGGGGUAACCUUUGGUGAUUCAAAUGCGUCACCAAAUCGUUCGAUCACUUCUUCCAUUGAAGAGAUGCAGUUGUUGAACAAGCCAAUCUUUGUGAUGAAUACGGAUAACAUUGCGAUUACUUGCAUUGAGGGAACUUCGGAUGGUAGGAUAUUUUUAGGUGGUCGAGAUGGGUGCCUAUAUGAAAUUUCCUACCAGGCGGAAUCUAAUUGGUUUGGAAAACGCAGCAAGAAGGUUAAUCAUUCGCAAGGGUUGAUGUCCCACCUGGUUCCUGGCAUAUUCAAAGUGUUCUCUGAGAAUGAUUCCAUUUCAAAAAUAACGAUCGAUAACUCGCGUCGAUUGCUGUACGCCCUGACGGAAAAGGGAGCAAUCGAGGCUUGGGACAUUGGCACGGAUGCCAAUUCGGUGAGACGAAUCGCAAGAAUUUCGCAAAAUGACAUUGCUUCUAGUGCUGGAAACAUACUGCGAACGAUUGAGCCAUCCGUUUUCAAACCGGUGACGGCUUUGUGUCCUCUGUCACAGGAGGAUUCUCCUCAGGUCCAUCUGAUUGCCAUCACCCAAACAGGAGUGCGAUUCUACUUCUCAACGGUGCCUGUGCUAUUCGGUAUCCAGCAACAGCAACUCCAACAACAGCAGCAACAACAGCAACAGCAACCAGGUAUGCCUACCUUCGAGCAUCAGCAACGUCCACAGGGUUUGUACCUUCUCCACGUCCGUCUUCCUCCGGGAUACACACCGAACACAACCGUUGGGAAACCGAAACAGGUACACUCAGCCUUCUAUAGCCAAGGAUCACUGCUGAUGGUAUCGACACCUCAACCAGAUCAGGAUCUGCUAUGGUCGCUUAGUUCGGAACCUUUCCCGUCCAGACAAAACCUCGUUGAAUCAUCCACGGUUAUGACUAUGGAUGGCCAGGUGUGGUCCAUAGCCGAAGUGAAACCCAAGGACAAGAUUACCGUAGACACUCCGCUACGGGCCGCUCAAGUUCCCAAGAAAGUCGCUCUCCUUACCAAUCAAGGCGUGCACAUUGUUUCCCUAUUAAAGUCCGUUGACAUCCUACAACAAUUGCUGCUGGCUUGCCAUGGUCCGCACAAUGAAGCGGUGAAGGCUUACUUCCAGGUACAGUCGGAACCGCAGGCCUGUGCUACAAGUUUACUGCUGGCCUGCAUAGAGACAUUAAAGGGCACAGAACUGGGAGACUGGGCCGCUCAGGCAUUCAUCCUGUACGGUGGGGAACCGUUCUUCGAUAUGGGUGCCUAUAUGGGCGGUCAUUCGGCGGCUGCCAGACCGCUAAGCUUCAACUCGCCUGCCACUGGAUUUGGUGAUAAUCAACAAGGAGGACCGCGGAUGUUCAUGUCCACACCAUUCUCGGCCUCGCGACCGGCCUCUUCCGUUCAGCAGAGCCUCAUGCAACAAACCCAGUUCCCGAACAGUCCUAUGUCGUCGUCCAUGAGCCACAGCUUCAACAAUAACCUCCCGCUAACGGCGGAUUCGCCAAACUUCCACUACUCGGCAAAGCACGCCGGGCUCUACCUGCACAUGUCUCGUUUGCUGCGUUCGAUCUGGCGCAAGCGUUGCAUAGAUGACAAGUUACACACCACCAUCAGCCAGCAAGAUUGCGCUCAGAUUUUGGAGGAUUUGUUUGCCAUCAAACGUUUUCUGGAAUCGAUCACUCUGACCAAUUUGGUUGGACUAGUUGGCAAGAACAUGGCCAAUGCCGGUAGUAUGAGCGGACCAGGUGGUUACCUACAGCAGCAGCAACAGCAACAACAGCACCAACACCAUCAACAGACGAUGUCUGGCAUGGGAAUGCAGAGUCCCUACGGACAACAGCAGUCACACUUCGGUAGCCAAGGUGCCUUCUCCGGGGUUCCAGGACAGCAAAAGAGCACCGCAGAAGAUGCUUUGGUUGAGGAGAAAAAGUCACUGGAUGCGUUGACGCGACUGAUUAAGCACUCCUGCGAAGUUUUGGCCCUUUGGAAGAUACUCUGCGAACACCAGUGCCACCAAUUAGUGUCCAAAUUGACCAAGGAGCAGCAAGCUAUCCUGCAGUCGUGUACAUUCCGGGAUCUCAUCCUCUCGCGUUCGGAUUUGUGUGGUUUGCUGAUUGUAACCUUGAUCAAUUCCUACCUCAAUGACAACGCAAGCGUUGGUUCCAUUUCGUCGAAACUGCGUGAGGUUUGUCCGAAUUUGUACCGCCACGAGGAUGCUGUCUCGCAUAAAGCAACGGAAAUUUUGCUUCUAUCCAAAACCUGUAACGAUCCGGACGAGAAGAAUGAACGCCUCCGAACUGCUUUGCAGUUGUGUAAAAGUGCCGCUCCUAAUCUGCCGCUGACUUCAAUCUGUCAGCAGUUUACCACCGCUGGAUUCUUUUCGGGAGUCAUCGAGCUGUGCUCGAUUUGUGCGGCCAAGAGCGAUCCGAACGAGGCGGCCUUACACUUCUACCGCAAUAACGAACCCGUCGAAGAUCAGGAAGGCUUCAUGGCGUAUCAAAGCCGUAUGAACUGCUACAGGGAAAUCAAACUGAUGUUGGAACAUGUCUACACGAACGUUCGCAACAGCAAAGGUGGCAGCAUUUAUCCCUCGCUGGAGAGCGCAGACCGCGACAAGUUAGCCAACAACCAGCUCAUUUCAAUCAUCAGUUUGUCGCUGCAGUGCCAAGAUCAACUGCUGCACAUAUCAGUAUACGAAUGGCUGCUAUCGCACAAUCUUCUGGGAGAACUGCUUGAAAUCAGCGAACCUUCGCUGGGUGCAUUCCUGGGACGCGCUGUGAAUCGAACGCCGGAAAACUUUGCCCUUGCCGACCUCCUCUGGAAGUAUCACGAACGUAACGGACAGCAUUCUGCCGCUGCAAAGAUUCUGGACAAGCUGGCCAACAUUCACAGUGAAACCAUGACCCUCCAGCAGCGUAUCGAAUACCUCGCCAGGGCCGUCAUGUGUAUGCGAAGCGAUACGGUCGGUUAUUCGGCACACAAUGGUGUGCUGUUGAAAGAUCUUGAAGACAAACUGGAAGUCGCACAAAUCCAAAAACAAGUACACGAUGCGUUGUCCAUCGUGUCGAACAAACCUUCCGUUGCACCUGCUCUGAAACAACUGAACGGAACGCUCUACAACCUGACUCAGCUCUAUUCGGACUUAGCUGAGCGAUUCGAGCUCUGGGAAUGCAAAUUGACGAUUCUCAAUUGUUCCCACCACAACGACCCACUGCUCAUUGAAUCCGUUUGGACCCACAUCCUGGACAAGGAACUUGAAAGAUCGGAUAGCAACACGGAACGCUGCCGUCGCUUGUUGUCCAAGGUAAAGAGCUUAGCGUUGGAAUACGAAAGCUCCGGUCACUGCUUCCCGUUGCCAUUCAUCGUUCGUGAACUGGAGUUGAGAUGCUUCAGGCUCAGGUUGUUCGAAUCACCCGUCCCAGAUGCGUUGAUCGAGAUGAAUUUGGACGUAGAUUCCAUGCUGAACAUUUAUUCAAGACUUAUCUCCAUGAACGAACGCGUCUGGGUAACGGACGAGGACGAGCUGUACCUGGUGCGGUCAACAGCGAAGUUGCUUUCGAUCGUUAGUUCCCAGCCGAAUCUGGUGCCGUUGAAAGACCGCCGGAAGGUGGUAGCCAAAUCGCAGGACCUUAUUUCGGCAUGCCUCAGCAUUCUGUACACCAAACCCGACGGGCAAGCCUACGUGGACAACCUGCGGGAAACGCAAUCCAAGCUGAAUCGAAUCCACUGCUAGCUGACCGUGUGGUAUUCGAUGGGUUCGAGACGACCGUUGUAGUAGAACGAAUUACAACUGUACUGUUAGUUCUUUACAUUAUAUAAGUUUGUAGUAUCAUUCAUUGUCCACUGCCCUACACAUCGUUUAACUUGUAGUUAUUUGUGAACUUCCUAGUUUUAAAAUAUAAGCUUCAAAUACUAUUACAAACCUUGGGAAUUUGUAUACUGUGCAAACUACUUUACUUUAGUUCACACAGAGGAUAU